AUGACUAAGGGUACACAGGCCUUCGGUAAGAAACACGUGAAGUCGCACACGUUGUGCAAACGCUGCGGACGUUCGAGCUUCCACAUUCAGAAGAAGAGAUGUGCUUCGUGCGGUUACCCAGAUGCCAAGAAGCGUAAGUACAAUUGGGGAGCUAAGUCGAUCCGCAGAAGAACAACUGGCACUGGCCGCAUGCGCCAUCUCCGAAGUGUGCAUCGACGCUUCAGGCAAUUUUGUGAAAUUAAAAUACUGCAAACUUUUACUACGGUAGAAGUUAAGCCCAACCUUUCACCAUCUCAAAAAGCGAGUUCUAGCUUGGCUUCUACCAUUUGUGGGGAACUUUCACGAUUAUCUCUUGGGCAUUUGGACAGGAACAGAAUUGGUCUUUUUUUACGUGGGUGCCACGUUCUGUUCGUUACGUUAAUGGUCAUGAAUAAUUUUCCCAUCAAAUUAACCAAAAUUGAUGAACACUUCAUUAAAAGGCGUAGUGCACGCAUCGAUUUGGUAGUAACUGAGCAAAGUGGAUUAUGUUUCCUUUUACUUGCUGAACCCGAGUUUGCUUCCAAAAUGGAUUCCGUGAGGGUACCACCCCCAAGCCCAAGGUCGCUGCCUCCGCCUAAAGUUGUUUUUUGUUGA